UGAAUUUCAUCUUUUUCGAUGGUUUUAAUUAUCCCAACGGCAUUUUUUGUUUCUGCAAACAUUUUGGUACAUGAUUACACACCCUAAUUUUGAGAUCACGAUUACUCCUCCUUGUCUCCUGUUAACCCAUUCCCAGUCUAGUUGUUCGAAAUGCAUUGCUUUAUUAUAUCACAUAGUUCUGAUAAUCUUCGUCUUCUUAUUACAUUAUCGAAAUUUAUCAAAUGGACUAAUUGCUUUAAAUAAUGUUCUUUAAAAUCAAUGAAACAGAUAAACCAAACAUUGAUGUACUCGUUAAAUUUGUGUUUGUGUGCAUAUGUACACUUCAUUUAGACUAAAGACCCGAAAUCCUUUAAUGGUAAAUUAUGUGGGAUGUGUUUGAAAUUUUAUAAUUCCGCCAUGUCAUUGUUUCUGGAUCAUACUAAACUUGAACAUUUACAAGAAAAAUUAAUUAAUAUCUGUGAAUUUAUAGGACCAUUUCGUGAUCAAUGUGUAGCCCUAGUCACAUUUACAAUGUUUAAAGCAAUUAAUAAAUCUAUAGCCCAAAUCGAUCCGUCGGUAUCGUGUGAAGUAUGCAGUUUUUAUUUAGAUAUUUAUCAAAAUUUCUUUAAAUAAUAUAAAUUUAUAAAAGAAAAUAAAACCAGUUUUAGUUAUAAUUACUACUUAAAUAUUUCAAUCCAAUAGGAGAGGAAUCAGUUUAAAUCUUGUUCAAUUUUAUCACUGACAAAUAAUGAAUAGAUUGGUUGAUGUUAGACACUAUCACCACUGGAUGCCGGCUCAGUGGCCCGGUAGGUUAAGCGUUCGCAAGCGAGACCGAAGGCUCUAGGUUCGAAUCCCGCUAGUUGGGAUCUUGGAUGCGCACUGCUGAGGAGUCACGCAAGGGGACGAAACGGCCGUCCAGUGCUUCCAGGUUUUCAGUUGUGAUGGUCUAACACCAGUGGGUUCAUGAUCUCAGUCAAAAAAUAAUGAAUAGAUUUGUUGAGAUUUAAAAGUGUUUUCAUAUAUUUUCACUGUCAUUUAGAUCCUUAAAAAUAUUCAAUCAGAAGAAGAUGAUUAAAACAUUUGAUGUGACUAUAAUUUAUGAACGACCUUUGAGUGACGUUAAAAUGACCUUGAUAAUGGUCAUCUACUAACCAGGACUAAAUGAUGGCGAUAAACCGGUGUGGUGAAUUCGAAUUAUGAUUAACAGUUGAUGGUUACAGUUAGGAUUUUGAUCACGAACUAACAUCAGCUAUAAUGCCAAAACUCUAUUUAGCCAAGUGGAUGAAUGAGUUAAGCGCCAAAAAUUCAAAACCUGUUAUCGUAAAUCUGAUUGGUUCGUCCAUAAAUUAUAGUCUCGCCAGUAAAAUCUUUUAACAUUUAAUAUGACAUUCUAAGUGUAAUGUUGAGAACAAGAAGUAAACUCUGAAAUAUGCAGGAACUUUAAGUAAAUUGAUUAUUUCUAUUUACUUGAGAGUCAUCUGUAUUCAAUAUAUCUGUCAGUUAUCAUUAAAAUUGGUGAUACUGAAUUAAUCUAGUGAUGGAUUUACGGAAAUUUUAUUUGGAAAUAUAACGAACUUCUGAGUGAAGAAACUUAAAUCCCAUUAGAAACUAAUUAAGUAUCAUUCUGUAAAUCAAAAGCUGAAACAAACAUUAAUCAUCAAUGAUAUUUAUGGUAAUUAUAUAUGAUAAUAAACAGUUCCUUAUGAUAGCUAAUAUACUUAGAAUAAAAGUAAUUGAAAGAAAUGUUUCAACAUUUCAGGAGAUCUUUACUGAAAUAACAAUAACCCAAUGAUGUUAUACAUGUUGUAUCUUAAUUUCUAAACGUUAUUGCUUUGUUUUAAGCAUAAUCACCAAUGAGUAUAUAUUUCUUGUUGAAAUAUUGAUGUGAAAGUUUCAUUUCUUUCAAAAGUAACCCUAAUCAAAAUGAUUAAAAAGACUAACAAUCACAUCAUUUCAUUCCUCUUUACUAACCUAUUACAAUAAUCAAUAAUCAUGAGCGAUAUAGACAUGAAUUGUCUUAUUUUUUGUGAAUGUAGUAACAUAUACGAUACAAUCCCAUGAUCAUCUAUUAUAUUGGAGAUGAUCAUUUUCUAAUAUAAAAAAUGUUUUUCUAUGGAAAUAAACAUUGUAAAUGUGUAGUGAUCAUCAUAAUCUUCAUUUAGGUGUUUGUGAAUAACUUAAUCCAUUUAUGUUAGGAACUUCCAUUUGAUUGUGUAAAUGUCUAUGACAAUCAUUAUUAUAAGUUUCUGUGUUAAAUUCAGACUUGUAUAGCAUCAAACAGUUUUGAUUGGAUUCGAUCAAUAAUCUUGAUACCUACUUUAACAUCAAUUCGUUUUUUAGUAUAGAGUCGAUUUAUUUGAUAUUUCACAUUAUUUUUGUAAAUGCUGAGAUAAUACCCUGAAACCUGAACCUAUACAAGUGGUUUUCUACGUAUAGCGCCUGCUAAAUCCUUGUCGUCAAGGUCUAGUUAACAAUUUUAUAAAGAGAUAUUAGUAGACAUAUAUAGUAAGUAAUUAAUUAGGAUCCUGGGACCAAUUAAUACUAUUCCUUUCUAUUCGUGUUUAAUAUAUCGGUUUCAGCACUUAUGUCAUCCCCCUCCACAUCAUUUGGGUAGAAAAACUAAUGGUUACACCUUUACUUGGUUAUUUAACUCAUCAUCAUUAAAAUUUUAUUCCAAAAAAUCAUUGUGUCUUGUAUCUAUAAAGUAUUAAAUUCAUUUUUUAAAAUAUUUUCUAUUUCAGGGUUGGUAUUUAUGUUAUAAGAAAUAGACAAUUUAGUUCAAUAAUUACAUGAAACUGUGGAUCUUGAAUUAAUUGAAUACAGUAAAAAGUUAAUGAUUUAUUUAUUUAUUUGUUUUUAAUGAUAAAUAAAUCUUUACUAUUAUAGAUUUUAACUAAACGUUUCAUACUAUAUCAA